GUCAUGGCCGAGCAUAAACGGAUGUUCAGGGUCCUAUCGGAACUGAUUCGCCCCCUCGAGGACAAGAUUCGGAUUGUGAGUCAGCCUCAAGAGAAGAUCAAUCCCGAUUUGGCCCUGGAUGCCAUUUUGGCUCAAAAAGUACCCGAUGCCCAGGAUGUGCGUUGGACUUUCGUCUCGCAGAUCCUAGCUCAUUUGACUGAGAUCGCCCAGUCGUUGAAGGGGUCCUUCGACGUGCUCUUGAGUGUUCAAGAGCAAAAGGACAUAUCCACCGCCAUGCAGUUGGUCAUUGCCCUGGGUAUCUUGCCCAAUCUCAUCCCGGAGGUCGGUUUGUCGAUCGAGAAACGCUCCAAAUUCAUACAGACCUGUCUAGCUAGCCAAAAAGAUAUUCAUAUCGACCAGAAAUAUUGGAAGCUCGUCUCCGUGGCCAAAGGCUUACUUACCCUAGUCGAGGAACCCCUUCUCUCAGAGGUGAUCCUCUCCAAGCACUUGGGCGAUAUGUUGGCCAUGUUCAUUCAGCUCGGAUAUGCUCCCUUGAAGAAGCCCAAUCCUCCCAAUGUCUCCACCCAGCCCAAAGAAUACGUGAUGACGCCAGAACGGUUCGAUCAGCUCACCCAAGAUCAGGCUUUUUUUCGCACUGAACUGAACCGAAUUCUGGACAAGUUGUAUCAACCGAUGGUGGUCAAGCACCUCCUUGUGAUCCAGUCGAACGCCAAGGGCCCCAAAUGGGUCAAAAGAAUCUGCGGGGACUUCUUGAGUGAACGUCUUAUGAGAGAACACGGCCUAAUGAAUGUAAUUCGGGGGGUAAUGGACGUGGGGGAGGGGACUGAGUCGUCGUCGUCGUCCACUCAACGCUAUCAGAUUAUCGCUCAAGUACUGGCCAACCCACCCGCUAGUACGUAUAAAAACACCGAAGCCUACUAUGAGAAGAUUUGUCCGCAGAUUUUGGACAUCUUGGCACUGAGAUCCAAUCCAGAGAGCCAACAUUUCCACUUGAUCGCGUGCGCGUGCGUCAAGACCAUCUCGGAAAGGUCGCUCAUACUCUCGCGACGUUACCUGCUCGACAAAAUCAUGGAAACCUUCCUCCGCAUGAACGCUAUUCACCCUGAUCCGACCAAUGAGGUGUCUGAAGAGGCCAUCGAGAAGAACCUCAACCUUCUGCACCUCAUUUUUGUGGUGGGCAAUGAUCCAUCGGGUGUGUUCCUAGCACACUUGGAACCCAUCUUACUCGUGCUAAUGGAGCUCCAUUGCGCCGUUACCUACGGUGUUUCCGCGCUGAAAAAGCCUUUGGAGGAGCUCCUCCUGAGGUACUUGAAAUGUUGCUCCAACUCGGACAGCAUCAAGGCUGUGAAGGCAUUUGCCUUUAAGGACUUGGGCCAUUGCCAAGAUGGCCUCAAUCGCUUCCAAUUGCCUCGAGAGGGAAUCAAGUUCAUCAAUGGAGAGCAAGGCGGGAUCCAGAUGGUGUUCCAGCCCAAUGAACUUGACGAGCAGUUUUACGUGUCGGACGACGAGAAAUCCAUCGUCAUUGUGGACCUUCUCCAGGAUUGCAAGGACAAAGCCUUGGCCACAGACUUCUUCAUUUCCUUGCUCAAAGAUCUAUCCGAGUUGAUGGGACGAAUUGCUCGCGAACCAAGUCCGCCCAUUUCAAAUGUGAAUUCAAACUCUCUGGAAGAGAAGCUGCUUUCGUUUGAGCGCGAUCUCGACCAGACCAUGUUGAAGCUUCGCAAGAAUCUAAUGAUUGUGAGGUUGCUGGGCUUGCUCUCUGAGGAUGACAAAAUCCAACAGAAUCUCAUGAAGGACUCGGAACAGUUGUUGGAAUUCGUUUGUCUCACGAUCGAAAGAUGCGCCCUGUCUUGCGCCAACGAAAGCGAAGACGAUGAAGAAGAGGAUGGGUCCCAAAUUUUGGAAGCCCAGAGCCUCAUGAUGGCUCUGACGUUGCUCUCGGUGAAGGUCACUCAGCCUUAUGUCCAAAUUGACGAAUGGAAACGACUCCAAAAUGGGUUGAAGGAUCUGGACAUACUCGGCAAGAUGUAUCCGGACGAGCGGGCUCGUCAACUCUCUCGACGAUUGAAACUUCUAAUUGCCACUCACGGCGCUGUGAUGGACCAUAAAGAUGAGAUGGAGCGACAUAUCAAGACUAUGUUCUCCAAAGUUGAUGACAUCCACAACAUUUCGGAGAAAGUGAAGCAAAUGAAAGUCAACCCGGAAUUUGGAGCUCAACCAGAGCCUGAUGAAGCGAAUUGCAGCUAUGAAUAGGCUCUUCAAUCCCUAACCGAUCCCUUGUUACCCAUCAGAGGUCAUGGAUUGAUCGCCUUGACCAAAUUAGUGAAUCAGAAAGAUGAAGUCACUUUGAAAAAUGUCAAGAAAGUCAUGGACAUUUUUAAGGACAAUCUCGCCGAUGAGGACACAUACAUUUACCUCCAAGCAAUCUAUGGAUUGGUGGCUUGUGCCAAUUAUGAUCCCGCCUUGGUGAUUGACGUGCUUACGCGAGAAUAUGCUCUCAUUGAUGACCGGAAAUAUAUUGGCGAAGGGGCCAUUGAAGUCCGGACCAAGAUCGGAGAAGCAUUGGUGAGAGUGACCAAGACACUGAAUGAGCUCACACCCAAAUUUAAGAACCAAUUGCUUAACCCAUUCCUUGGUCAAUUGAACCAUCCCGAUGAAUUAGUUCGUGCUUCAUCCCUAAGCAACCUGGGGGAAGUUUGCCGCAAUCUCAAAUACUCUUUGGGAAUGAUCUUGGACGAGGUGUUCAUGUGUCUCCAUCAAGUCAUUCAGACCGACAAAUCGGUACAAGUUCGUCGAGCGGCUGUUUUAGUGGUGAGUCUGAUACUCCAAGGCUUGGGUCCAGAUGCCCUAAAAGUGCUCCAGAGCUAUAUCAAGGAAAUCUACAAAACUUUAAUUCAACUCCAAAGAACCGAAACGGAUCCCCCUCUUCUGCAACACGUGGACAUUGCCUUGGGUGAAAUCGACGACAUUGUUCGAAGGUUCUUUCAGCCCGAGCUAAAUCAUACCAAAAAGAUUUACGUCCUUGAUACCCCUGACAAUGAAUAAUUGUAACAUCUUCAAGUGUUACUAAUCCUACCUACAAAUCAUGACCAAACCAAGCCUAAAACGAUGCAAAUAUAUAAUGCCCCUUAACACUA